CUGCCACUGCGCUCCAGCUUGGGCAACAGAGUGAGACUCCAUCUCAAAAAACAAGAAGAAAAAGAAACACUCAUGCCUCAUUAAUGAGAAAUAGAAAUCUGUAGGGAGGAGAGGGAUACCCCUGUUGAAUUCGUAGGCCACAGUAAAAUCUUACCGCAUUUCUGAUUUUAAAUGAGACUGAGGUCACUGGUAAAUUUCUGAAUACUAACUCAUCCCCUAAAAACGGGAGUUUGAUUAGCAAAUUAGUUAAGCACUUCAGUAAUGAUACUGAGACUUAAUUUCAUGUUUCCUCCUUUUCUCUUUCUGGGUGUGACUAAAUUGCCUACAGCAUGCUGCAUGGUUGCUGGUAAAACAGGAAAUGGGAAAGCAGAGUCUGUCGCUGGGAAGAGAUGAUAUAGUUCAGCUAAAAGAAGCCUACAAAUGGAUAACUCACCCCCUGUUUUCAGAGGAAUUGGGUGUUCCCAUUGAUGGAAAGAGCUUGUUUGAAGUGAGUGUGGUCUUUGCUCACCCAGAAACAGUUGAGGAUUGCCACUUCCUAGCUGCGAAAUGCCCAGAUUGUUUUAAGCCAGCCAAAAACAAACAGUCUGUAUUCACUAGAAUGGCAGUUAUGAAAGCAUUGAAUAAGAUAAAAGAAGAGGAUUUCCUUAAGCAGUUUCCUUGUCCUCCAAACUCACCAAAGGCUACAUGCACUGUUCUUGAAAUUGAAUGUGCUCAUGGUGCUGUUUUUGUGGCUGGGAGAUAUAAUAAAUACUCCAGGAAUCUACCACAAACUCCUUGGAUAAUUGAUGGAGAAAGGAAGCUGGAAUCUUCAGUGGAAGAAUUAAUUUCAGAUCAUCUAUUGACAGUAUUCAAAGCAGAGAGUUUUAAUUUUUCAUCCUCUGGAAGAGAAGAUGUAGAUGUGAGAACAUUAGGAAAUGGAAGGCCCUUUGCAAUUGAGCUGGUGAAUCCUCAUAGAGUACAUUUCACUUCACAAGAAAUUAAGGAACUUCAGCAGAAAAUUAAUAACUCAUCUAACAAAAUCCAAGUACGUGACUUGCAGCUUGUCACAAGAGAGGCAAUAGGACAUAUGAAAGAAGGUGAAGAAGAAAAGACAAAGACCUACAGUGCCUUAAUAUGGACAAAUAAAGUGAUACAGAAGAAAGACAUUGAAUUCCUGAAUGACAUAAAGGACUUAAAGAUCGACCAGAAAACACCUUUGCGCGUUCUUCACCGAAGGCCCCUGGCAGUGCGAGCUCGCGUCAUUCACUCCAUGGAGUCGCACUAUGUGGAUGAGCACCACUUCCGCCUCUAUCUGAAAACUCAGGCCGGCACCUACAUUAAAGAAUUUGUACAUGGAGACUUUGGGAGAACCAAGCCAAACAUUGGGUCCUUGAUGAAUGUGACUGCAGACAUUCUGGAGCUGGAUGUUGAGUCUGUAGAUGUUGACUGGCCACCUGCUCUGGAUGACUAACUUUCAAAUUUGGAGACAAGGAGUAGGGUUUUCCUGGCAUGAUGUGGACAUCCAUGGAGCACACGCCAUAAAAUGGCUGUUACCUACCAUAACGGUGUCUUGGAAACCAUUUGGAUCAUGUUGAUCUAUAUAUUUUUUAAUUUGUUGUAACAUCUCAGGAUCUAAAUAUGUGUAUAUUUUGUGUUAAAUUGUUCCAAGGAUGUCUUAGGAUUUUUCUCAUUCCCUCUCUCACCCCCACAAACCAAACUAUAAAUAAUGAAAUAAUUCUCCUUAAUUCUUUCAUUUAGAGAGGUACGCAAACAGGACACAUUCUCUGUUAACCUAAGAAGCUGUAAUUUCAGAAAGAUUUCCCUCCACAAGAGACAUACCACCUUUAAAAUCAUGUCCUAUUUUUUAAAAAUUAUCUGAAUAAAAGUUAUAUCUAGA